GAGAGCGGAAAGAUUCCUUACCUCAUUCACGAGUGUGGGGUGGUCACUGAGAAAACACCCCGGAGGGAGGCCAUGCAACCCUCUCUGCCGAGCACAGGCCCCCCCCCCCCUCCUCCUCGUCCCUGAGCUUGGGCACCGUGACGACCGUCACAUGACCAGCAAACACUGGGUCUCCAGGGCCGCCCUGAGGCCGGGUGCCUCUCAGAAGGGAUAGUGGGCUCUGCUGCCAGAGAUGUCUCGCCAAGCCUGCCACCUGACGCCCCCCCGCACUGGGGAGCGCCAGCAGCGCACGUGGGAGAAGGCCUACCAGGACCACAGGAGGAAGGUCCAGGAAGCCCAGCCGCUCGUGGACACCCGGGCCCCGCUGACUCUCGGCCACCUGCACCUGAAACUCAAGAAGCUCAAGCUGGAGGAGGGGCGGCUGUCCGUCAUCGACAGGGACAACCGUCUGCUGCUGGAGAAGGUGUCCUGCAUCAUGAGGACCAGGGGGCAGGCCAGCAGCAGGAGCGCCUGCACACGCAGGAGACAGGGGGAAGAGAGAUCAGAAGCAUCACAGAGUGCAGAGAGAAGACAAGAUCAUUUUGGAAAGGAUCACAGACUCGGAACCAUCCUGUCCCACUCAAAGACGGCUGGGAUCCCGAGAGCCAGCAGAAACACCGAGGGAAGAGGUACCCGUGGUUCCUUCUUCUUGUUAAAGCCAUAGCUGUUGGAAAUUUCCACUCCCUUCAUCAGAUUCGGCAAACACAUCGACUCACUGAUUCUCCGCUGUUUUACGGCACUUUAUUUCAUUGUCAGCAAGCAUAAGCCAAGUGGCCACAUCCUAAUAAUAGAAGACACAGAACAUUGACUCAGCUGAUGAAUUCAUCCACUAUUUCCUCACCAAAUAUAUACAUAUACAUACAGAGAGAGAGAGGAAGUGAGAGAGAGAAAAAUCUACUCAGCUGAUUGAUUAUAGGUUGUAGGAGAAAGAGUUGAUGAAAAAUAGUAACGUUGCAGGACAGUUUGCACAAAGCCUCGUUAGGAAAUGAAGUGACAGUCCUGAAAUAACUGUCACACUGCAUCCAGAAAGGCAAAUAGAAUUAAUAAUUUGAAAGAGUUUGCCAAAUAAUUUAAACUCUAAACUCGCCCUCUUCAUUUUGUCCUUGUU